AUGAGCGAGAAGCACGAAGAGAUAAUUAGUGUUAGUAAUGUGAUAUCACACAACGGUGGAAUCACCACCUUCAUGUCUCCACACACUGGUAAGCCGGUGCACAUGAUAGGUGAUAAUGAUGUGGCUAUGGAGUUUGCAGAAAAAAUGGAAGAUUUUGAAGUCGAUCCAGAGGAAGAAAAGAAAUUGGUCAAAAAAAUCGACAUGUAUUUGUUGCCCUUAAUUUGCAUUUUGUAUGCUCUUCAAUUCAUGGAUAAAAAUUCUCUUAACUGGGCUUCAGUUCUUGGAUUGAGAAAAGAUUUGAAAAUGCAUGGUCAAAUGUAUUCGUGGGCUGGUUCUGCGUUCUACUAUGGCUACCUAUUCUUUGAGUUCUUCACAUCUAUGAGUAUUCAAAGAUUUCCGAUUAUUUAUGUGGUCUCAAUUUACAUUGUCCUUUGGGGUGUCAUUCUUUGCUUGCAUUCGGUUCCUCAGUAUCCUGGUUUUAUUGUGUUGAGAGUCAUUUUAGGUGGAAUGGAAUCUGCGAUCACUCCUGCCUUUGUUAUCAUCACGGGCCAAUGGUAUACCAAGGAUGAAAUCUUUCUCAGAACUGCCAUCUGGUUUUCCAGUAAUGGUGCUGGUACAUUGAUUGGAUCUGGUGGUCUUGCUUACAACAUUUACCAACACAGAGAGAAUUUCAAUCUUGCUCCUUGGAAGUUGAUCUUUAUAAUCAACGGAGUCAUCACCAUUGGGUUGGGCUUGAUCAUUCCUUGGCAUAUCCCUAAUAAGCCCACUGAGGCUUGGUUCUUGAACGACAGAGAGAAGAGGGUGUUGGUGCAGAGAAUCAAAAGAAACCAGCAAGGUUUUGGAAAUAAACACUUUAAGAAGGAGCAAUUAUAUGAGGCUCUAAUGGAUAGGAGAACAUGGGCUUUCUUUUUCAUCGGUGUUACGGCUUGCAUUCCUAAUGGUGGUAUCAGUAACUUUGGUGCUAUCUUGCUCAGUACCAAAUUGGGCUAUUCGACAUCAAAAACAUUGUUGAUGGGAAUGCCACAUGGUGCAGUGGAAUUUGGUGGAUGCAUUUUCUUCUGCUGGUUGUAUCGGUUCUACAAGGUAAGAUUAUUUUGGGGUUGUGCUGGUCAGACAGUCACUAUUAUUAGUUUCUGCUUCCUAGCAUUUGCGCACAACACUAAGGUCGAGUAUGCUGGUUAUGCUUUGACCUCCAUGUUGGUUGUGACUCUCAUCGUGGUUGAAUCACUUAUUGCUUCUAAUGUUGCUGGCCACACCAAGAAAGUUGUCACCAAUGCUAUUUUCUUGAUUGGCUACUGCGCUGGUAAUCUUAUUGGUCCCCAGACCUUCAAGGAAGACCAAGCCCCACAGUACACUAGUGCAUGCAUCGCUAUGGUGGUGUGUGCUUGUAUCUGUAUGGGUAUCAUGAUCUUGCUUUGGAUUGACUACGCCUUGGAAAACAAAAGAAGGGAAGCAAGGAUGAACGACCCUACAGUUGUUGAGUUCCUGAUGAUUGCCAACCAUGAGUUUGCGGAUUUGACUGACAAGCAAAAUCCAUUGUUCAGGUAUGCUAUUUAG